AUCGUUCAAGAACGACCGCAAUCUUUGAGAAGCAUAUCGAGUGGUAGAACGCUGGUAACUUCUGCAAAUAAUGCUGUUGCUGCUGUUGACCAGCAACCGGUGCGACCAUCGACGCCGCUGAAUAGUGUGGCGGCAGAGCAGCCAACUUCUGCUCGUUCAAUGAUGUCGAACAGAGGACCGGAUCAGUCGCCUACUGCUCGGUCUAUGAUGAUUAAUCGGACACCUCAGCCGCCACUUCCCAGUAGCACCACUGGCGAUCAGCCUCCGUCUGCUCGUGCAUCGGCGAUCCGUCCAACUCCGGUCAAUAAGGUGGUUAUGGUGCCGUCUAGUGUACCCAUCACACUCAGGCGUGAUUCUUUUGCAAAUAUUCCUCCCUUGGAUACAACUACCUUAGAUUUCAAGAAAGACAGAAGAAUGUCAUUCGAUUUGGGGAGCAUGAAAGUAAGAUCAGAACCUACCAAUCAGCGUCCUCCUACGGAGCUUGAGGAUGAGCUUGAUAUCCUACAAGAAGAAAACGAGAGUUUGCAUGAAAAGCUUCGGCUUACAGAGGAGAAGUGGGAGGAAGCUGAAUCCAGGAUUAGGCAACUAGAGCAACAGCUUGCUUUUGCCAAUCUUGCAGAAGGUACAACUUUGGAGGCUCGCCUUUUAAACAGGAAGGAAGCAGCAAUGCAGCAAAGAGAGGCUGCUCUGAGAAUUGCUUCUAAGGGUCGUGGAAGUUUGGAAGCUGCAGCGCAGAGGGCAGAUGCUGAGGUUGAAAACGAGGAGGUGGUGUCUGCAUUGGAAAAGCUACGGCUUGUGACUCAACGAAUGAUACUUACGGCAGAAGAAAUGGAAGAGGUUACUUUAAAGAGGUGUUGGCUGGCAAGAUAUUGGGGUUUAUGCGUUCACUAUGGUAUUCACGCUGAUAUUGCUGAAGCAAAAUACAAUUACUGGUCUAUCUUCGCGCCUAAUCCUUUUGAAGUUGUAUUAGCUGCGGGAAAGAAAGCGAAACUACCAGGAGGAGGUCGCAGUGUAGAUGAGGAGGAAAAUAAACGUGACUUGAAGGACCUUACAGGGGAGGGAAAUAUUGAGAGCAUGCUUUUUGUCGAGCAAGGGUUGCGGGAAUUAGCUUCACUAAAGGUUGAAGAAGCAUUGGCAGUUGCAAUGGCUCAACAUAGGCGACCAAAUUCACUGAAAGCAGGUUUUACAGACGAUUUGAAACUGCCAAUUGAAGGGCAAUGUGACGCAUUUGAAUUGACCCAGGAAGAGGCCGAAGAUGUGUCUUUUAAGCAGGCCUGGCUUACAUAUAUUUGGAGGAGAGCAAAAACGCAUGAAAUUGAAGCAGACAUAGCAGACGAUCGUUUGCAUUUCUGGAUCAACCAUACUUCUAAGACACCUAGCUCACAAGAUGCGGUUGACGUUGAGCGUGGACUUGCUGAGAUCAAGAAGUUGGGUAUUGAAAUUCAGCUGUGGGAUGAAUCACGCAGAGAGUUGCUGGAAGAGCUAGAAGAUGAGAAUACCAAAACACCCAGUCGUGCUGACUUUUGAUAUAUACAAUUGAAUUGAAUUGAAUUGAAAUAGAUUCUUCACCAAAUUAUUCCUUUCACACAAAUUCCCAAAAAAGUAUGAUAGGCUGUAUUUUAAGUGAACGAUUAUUAUAUUUAUA